AUGGUUUCAGGCAUUCACUUGCGGGCCAAUUUAAAAGGAGCCAAAAUAAACGCAGAGGAAAACCUCAGAGUCCCCUUCCACGUAGGCGGUCCAGGCCAGCCCACGUGCCCACUGGUCUGCAGCGAGCGCUACUGCAGGCGCCGGGGCUAUUUUGUACCUUUUCAGCCCCGCGGCCCCGUUGCGGUGGCCGGGCCGGGCCCGCCCCAGCCGAGGUCCGGGUCCAAGCCCGCGGCGCAGGAGGGGGCCGCGUCCGCCAGGCCAUUACGGGAGCCGCCGCGGGGCCAGCCGCCCGCGCAGCCCCUUCCCCCGGCACGGCUGGCGGCUCCGCAGCCCCUCCCCGCCCUGCGCGGGACACCCGCUUUCUGCGCCCCCGGCCGGGUUAUCGCCGCUGCGCGGCGCGGCCCCGCGCCCGGCUCGGAGAGACACGUGGCCCUAGCGGCCGGCCGGCUUCCUACCCGCCUCCCCCGGCAGAGCGCGCCCGGCCCCCUCACCUCAGUCCGCGCCCGCCAUGCUGCAGCGCCUCGCCCGGCAGCCGGUCGGCCCCCUAGUCCCGUGCCUCCUCCUCAGAGACGGGCCCCGCGGAGCUCGGCGGCGGCUGGAGCCGGGGUGGACGCGCCGCCCGAGGAGGAGCCGGGCUGGAGGAGCCGCCACAGGCGCUGCCCGCCGGCCGCCUCGCUCGAGAGCACUGACUGA